AUGGCAGCCGUUAGCCGAAAUAAAGAAACGAGACAUCCAAGGCCCAUCCAAUCUGACCUAGAGAAGCGGGACAAAAGCCUUAUUUGCAAGUAUCAUCAUACUCACGGCCACCGGACCGAAGAUUGUCGGCAGCUGAGGGAGGAGGUGGCCCGUCUGUUCAAUUUGGGGCAUCUUCAAGAAUUUCUGUGCGAACGAGCGAAAACUCAUUUUAAAAACCUAGAUUCCAGCAAGCCGGAUAGACCGAAAGAGCCUCAUCAGGUGAUACACAUGAUCAUGGGUGGAACCGACGUGCCCGUGGGGCCAGUGAUGAAGCGCACAAAGAUAUCCAUAACAAGGGAAAAGCGUGUCCGAAGCGAUGAUCCCGAUGGUGCCAUCACGUUCGAUGACGAGGACAUGGAAGGCAUCGCCCAACCACAUAAUGACGCACUGGUAAUCUCUAUCCUUGUCAAUAAUUUUAGAAUUAAACGUGUGUUGAUUGACCCAGGUAGCUCAGCUAAUAUCAUCCGAUGGAGAGUCAUUGAACAGCUGGGGCUACUAGAUCAGAUCGUGCCAGCCAUACGAGUCCUCAAUGGAUUCAACAUGGCAUGUGAAACGACCAAAGGCGAGAUCACUCUACCGAUCAGCGUGGCAGGAAUUAUGCAGCAGACGAAAUUUUAUGUGACAGAAGGUGAUAUGGAGUAUAAUGCACUACUGGGCAGACCAUGGAUCCAUCUCGUGAGAGCGGUCCCUUCGACUAUGCAACAGAUGUUGAAAUUCCCGACCCCAAAAGGUAUCAAAACAGUCUGUGGUGAACAGCAGGCUGCAAAAGAAAUGUUCGCGGUCGAAGAAUUUGCCAAGACCGUAGAAGCCCUAGAUCGAACUGAAGGGAAGAAUGUCAAACAGCAAUCACAGACCCCGGUCCCGGAAUCUUUGAAAGAUCGGAACGGGGACACACCUGAUGAUGAGUUAAAAUUCGGAGUGCCGAGAACCUUUGUGGUGCCCGAUGAUUCUGACGCCACCAAGUCCACCGUUGAAGAACUCGAGCAAGUGACGUUGUUUGCCCAUAUCACGUAA